AUGCCUUAUACCAUUCCAAUUCAGAUGGGUCACUGCAACCACUUGGCUUCUAUGAGAAACAAAUGGUGUUCUUGGUUCUGCAGGAUAUGGAUCAUGGGGCUGCUAAUAUUUGCGAAUGUAACAUCUGAGGAUCAAAUUGGAGCUCCCUCAUCCGGUUCACUAUGUAUCAGUGAUUGUGCCACAUGUCCUGUCAUAUGUUCACCACCACCUCCUCUGCUAGAGUCAUUUCCACCACCAUUACCUCCAGUGCACCACUCACCACCCAAGUCCUACUACUCCAACCCUCCUCCACCAGCAUCACUGCCAUCAUCACCACCAGCAUCACCGCCAAAGUCUUCCUCAUACCCUUCAUGGGGAACUCCUCCACCUCCCUUCAAGUACUACAACAAUAUGCCUCCUUCAGGUAGGAUGCCACCUAUGGCAGGACCCAAUGAUUACCCCUAUCCUUACUACUACUUUUAUGCCUCCAAGGCAGCUUCUUCCCUUCCACUUGAUGCUUCUUUUUACUUUAUGUUACUAUUUUUCUUUCAUCGUGUCUUUUAUUUUUGGUGA